AUGUCAGCCACCACACCUAACCCUCCUUGCACAAUGCUGCGCGUUAGCGGCACAAGAAUCGUCAACGAGAAUGGCGAGGACGUCAUCCUCAAGGGUGCCGCAACGGGCGGUAUGCUCAACAUGGAGAACUUCAUUACGGGUUAUUCCGGUCAUGAGCACGAGCACCGCGCCGCCAUGACGGAAGUUCUCGGCAAAGAGAAGGCCGACUUUUUCUUCUCUCGUCUUCUUCACCACUUCUUCACAGAGGCGGACGCCGCCCUCUUUGCCUCAUUGGGCCUCAACUGCCUGCGGGUGCCCUUCAACUACCGGCACUUCAUCGAUGACGACAACCCGAGCGUGAUCAAGCAGUCCGGCUUUGAGCUCCUGGACCGGACCGUCAACUUCUGCGCCAAAUACAACAUCUAUGUCAUUCUCGACCUCCACGCCGUCCCCGGUGGACAGAACCAGGACUGGCACAGCGACUCUGGGAUUUCCAGAGCCCUGUUCUGGGAGUUCAAGGACUUCCAGGACCGGGCCAUCCAGCUUUGGGAGGCCCUGGCGACGCACUACAAGGGCAACAAGUUCAUUGCCGGCUACAACCCGCUCAACGAGCCCGCGGACCCCAAGCACACUCGUCUGAUCCAGUGGUACGAGCGCGCCGAGAAGGCCAUCCGCGCCAUCGACCCCGACCACAUCCUGUUCCUGGACGGCAACACCUACGCCAUGGACUUCUCCGCAUUCGACCCCAAGAAGACCCUCCCCAACAGCGUCUACAGCUGUCACGACUACAGCCUCUACGGCUUCCCCCUGCCCGAGCAGUACGAAGGCACAGACGCGCAGAAGCAGAAGCUGCGCGCCAGCUUCAAGCGCAAGGUGGAAUUCAUGCAGGAGGCUGGCGUCCCCAUCUGGAAUGGCGAGUGGGGUCCCGUCUACCAGGAUCCCAGAACGGACGCGAACGCCGCCGCCACCAACGAGAAGCGCUUCGCUCUGCUCCAGGAGCAGCUGAAGAUCUACCGCGAGUACGGCGGCGUCUCGUGGAGCAUCUGGCUCUACAAGGACAUCGGCUACCAGGGAAUGGUCUACCUCGACCCCGAGAGCCCCUACAUGCGCCUCAUCCGCCCCUUCGUGGAGAAGAAGCAGCGCCUCGGCCUGGACUUCUGGGGCUGCGCCGACAAGAGCGCCGUCGACAACGAGGUCUACAGCCCCUUCAUCGAGAAGCUCAAGUCGACGCUUCCCGAGCACCUGCACAAGAAGAAGUACCCCAAGGUCUGGGACUUCAACCGCCAGGUUGAGCGCGUGGUCCGCGAGUGCCUGAUGAGCGAGUACCACGGUUGGGAGUUCGCAGAGCUCUUCAAGGGCAAGACGGAGGAAGAACUCGAGGAGCUCGCCGCCAGUUUCGCUCUGGAGAACUGCGUCAAGCGCGAUAGACUAAACGAGAUCCUCACGGCGGACGCUGAGACGGUCAAGGCAACCAAUUAG